GCUGAAGAGAAAAGAAACAUCAAAUAGCUGAGUAGAGGCUGAGGGAGAUAGAGAAUCACAUACUCGUGUUCAAAAAGAUUUCAGUGGAGCUCCAAGAGACAGAAAGACGGGUGGGUCACAGGGAGACGCAGAAGGGAACAAAAAGUACUUUUUAUGAGAAGAGAGGUGUUUAGAAGCAAACAGCCAAGCUGGGAAGAAGAGAUUGUCUCUGAACUUAGCAGUGUGUCUGGGCAUGGAAGACUGAUAGCAAACAAGUAAACAGAGCUGACAACUGUGGUAACUGCGGGAGCAAAGCCUGCUCAGUGACAAGGAUGAGCACUCCUCCUGAGACCUGUGACGAGGAGCUGAGAACAGGUGCAAAGACAGAACGAUGCCUUCAGGGGAAAAGCCUACUUCUGUGUACACUUAUUCUCAGUACUGUCCUUGGCUUUACACUGCUUAUCACCUACAUCGUGAUGACUUGUGCUCUAGGAUCCUGUGAUGUCAAGCCAGGUCUUGCUCUGUUGGAAAGACUCCUGAAUUCUAGGAAUGACACUGUAGAGCCCUGUGAGGAUUUCUACAAAUAUGCCUGUGGCAACUGGAAAGGCAAACACUCAAGCAGAACCACAGAAGAAUCACUAAAUGUAUUUGAUGUGUUGUUGGAAGAAAAUCUGUUGAUCCUGAAAAGGCUUUUAGAGAGUCCACAGUUUGGGAUAAGAGGCUCAGCCCAGGAGAAAGCAAUGCAAUUCUAUCGUUCCUGCAUGAAUAUCGAACAGAUAGAAUCUCAAGGAGCUCAGCCAUUGAAGGACCUCCUAAAUCAGGUUGGUGGAUGGAGUAUCACAGAUGUGGAGGAAACAAAAGAUUUUAAUGAAACUCUCCAGAUUCUUAUGGGCAGAUACAACACCUUUCCCUUUUUCAGAGUCCACGUGGGACCUAUUCCUUCUGACCCCAAAACCAAUAUUAUUCAGAUUGACCAUCCUGAGUUUGAGUUGCCACCUGAGAGUGAAUUCAAAGAAAAAAAUUAUCUUGAGGUUCUCCGUGUGUAUCUUUCAUAUUUGAGGAAACUGGGGGUCCUACUUGGAGGGACACAGGAUGGUCCCCCUGAUUCCUUUUCCCCUACCUUGGCCUUCAUCUCUAACCUCCAACAAGUUGUCACCCCACUGAAGAAAAGACAGGAGAGCGGGAUGCUGUUCUUUCGCACCACCAUUAGGGAGCUACAGGAAAAUGCACCUGCUAUUGACUGGCUGUCAUGUCUCCAGGCUGUCUUCCAUCCCAUGCCAAUGAACCUCUCUCAGCCAAUUGCAGUGCAUGACAUGGAUUACUUAAGAGGCAUGUCACAACUCAUCGAAAAAUGGCACAAGGGAAGGGUCCUUCACAUUUAUAUGAUUGUUUGUUUGGUUGGGAAUCUCUCCCCAGCCCUUGAUAGUCGAUUCCAAGAUGUACGCCUGGACCUAUAUAAGAUUCUUUAUGGAAAAAUGGGAUCUAGAAUGAUCCCAACUGAGCGCUGGAGGAAGUGCUUGACUGAUACCAGCUCUUUCUUUGAGCCAGUUCUAGGGAAGAUGAUUGUGCAAGAAAUUUUUCCUCAGCAGACCAAGAAACUUGCUGAGCAGAUGUUCUCUGAGAUCCAAGAUGCUCUCUAUGACCGACUGGAUGAGUUGGAAUGGAUGGAUGAACAGACUCGCCAAAGCGCUAAAAUCUCGGUUUCCAAACUACAGGUGGAGAUUGGCUAUCCAGCUCACACACUCCAGACUGCCAAAGUGAACCUGGAAUACCAGAAUCUGGAGAUAAAUGAAGACACCUUUUUCCUCAAUGUGGUGGCCUGCUUGAAGAUCCUGAGGGAAAAUUCCUACCUGAAAAUCCUUCAGCAUCACCCACAGAAUAAGUGGCAUGUGUAUCCCUGGAGUGUGCAUUCAUACUACUCGAUAAGGCACCACAUGGUGGUCUUUCCUGCUGGAAUGUUUCGCAGCCCUUUUUUCCACAUAGAGUUUCCCAGUGCUGUGAACUUUGGAGCCAUCGGGGUCUUCAUGGCACAUGAAAUUCUCCACUCGUUCUAUGGUUAUGUGUUGCCUGAGGGCUGUCCUACAUGCAACAGGAGUGCACUACAAAAAUCUAUAGACUGCUUGGUUGAACAGUAUGAAAGCUACAGCUUUAAUGUCAGUGGCACUUUUACACUGUUGGAGAAUACAGCUGACACCGGAGGGCUCACCAUUGCUUACCAGGCCUAUAAGAACUGGCAGAAAAAGCACAAAGAAGAGAAGGAUUUACCUAAGAUUGGACUUUCACAUGAUCAACUUUUCUACCUCAGUUUUGCUCAUGCAAUGUGUGGACACCAGGAACCAGAAAAGCUACAGUUUUCCCUGAACACAGAUCCGCAUAGUCCCUUGCCACUUCGUGUCUGUGGGCCUGUCAGCAAUAGCCAGGACUUCUCCAAGCUCUUCCGCUGUCCCAGUGGAUCCCCAAUGAACCCAGACAACAAAUGCCGCAUCUGGUAAUCUGCAUGGGAAAGGAGGAAGAGAGAUAUGACCCCAGGGACAGGAAGGCCUGACCGUGAAAGUAUGACUAUCUUCGCAGGGCCCCUGGGGUGACAUGGGUGACCUUCCUUUACCUUCCUUUUCUUGUUAUCCUCUCUGUAGAAGUUGAUGGUAAGGAAAUUUUUAAACUGAGUUUGUAAGUGAAGAAGAUCUCCUCCAAGGCUCUCAGAACUCUGUCCCAGAUGUAACUCUGGAGUGUAACAAGUCCCAAGGUAGCAAGGUGACAACCCAGUCUCUAGCAGACAGCAACUUCUGAGGAGCUAUAAACAGAAAGACUGCUGCAUUACUAGUCCUUCUAUUCA